GCUGGGAAAGUCAGUGGCUUCCAGACUUGUCUCGAUCGAUCCUAACAUGCAACAUCUACUUUUACUCUGCUUUUUCAUUCUAUCUUGUGAUGGCAUUAGGAGGAUACCACUUAAGAGAAUGCCUUCAAUCCGAGAGACUCUCAGAGACAUGAGGGUGAAAUUAACUGAUGUUUUCCCCGAAUUGAUGUUGAAGGAGUCUGGAUAUGAAACUCCCAAUAAUGGGACUGCCCCAACAGUGUUAACCAACUACCUGGAUACCCAGUAUUUUGGAGAGAUCAGCAUUGGGUCUCCUCCACAGACAUUCAAAGUGGUAUUUGAUACAGGAUCUGCAAACUUAUGGAUUCCAUCACGUAGUUGCUCUCCACUCUACAGUGCUUGUGUGUCACACAGCCAAUAUGAUUCUUCUAAAUCACAAACCUACAUCAAGAAUGGAACAGGAUUCUCCAUACAGUAUGGAUCUGGAGGAGUGAAAGGAUUUCUGAGCCAGGACCUUGUUGUUGUUGCUGGUAUUCCAGUCAUUCAGGUUUUUGCAGAAGCCACAGCACUUCCUGCCCUGCCCUUUAUUUUUGCACGCUUCGAUGGGGUAUUGGGUAUGGGCUUCCCAAACCAAGCUAUCGAUGGCAUUACCCCAGUCUUUGACCGAAUCCUGUCUGAGGGAGUCCUGCAAGAGGAUGUCUUCUCUGUGUAUUACAACCGGGAUAUCCACUUGAAGAAAGGAGGGGAGAUCAUACUGGGUGGUUCCGAUCCCAACUACUACACAGGAAGCUUCCAGUACCUCAGUCUCAAGAAAAAAGGAUAUUGGCAAAUCAAUAUGAAAGGGGUAUCUGUUGGGGCAGAGAUCCUAUUCUGCAAGGAAGGCUGCUCAGCAGCAAUAGACACAGGAGCAUCUUACAUUACAGGCCCAGCGGCCUCAGUCUCUGUACUCAUGAAAGCUAUUGGGGCCACAGAGUUAGCAGAAGGACAGUAUAUUGUGGACUGUGAUAAAAUUUCUAAACUCCCUGACAUCUCAUUUCAUAUGGGAGGUAAUAAGUACACACUUAAAGGACAAGCAUAUGUGUUGCAGCAGUCACAGUUUGGAGAAGAGGUAUGUUCUGUAACAUUCACUGCCCUGGAUAUUCCCCCUCCAACGGGACCCAUUUGGAUCCUUGGGGCCACAUUUAUAGGCCAGUAUUAUACUGAAUUUGACCGACGCAACAAUCGCAUUGGAUUUGCUACAUCACGAAGCGUGGAAGAAAAAGAAGCUGUUCACUUUGUUGGCACAUAGAGACACUAUAAAGUUUUUGGAAACCUGACCAUUACAUCAACAAGAACUUUGAUGAAAUUGUAUCUACAAUACAUAGACAUUAAUAUGACGUUGGUCCCCCCUUUGCAGCUAGAACA